UUUCCCUCCAAAAGAUACCUUGAUGCUUACCUACACACAUUCCUGAAGUCAUCCGAGCAACACUUUAUGGUGGGUUUGCCCGUGACCUACUACGUGUUUACGGACAUGCCAGAGAAGGUGCCUAACAUCAAGUUGUCUCCUCUGAGAAGCAUGAAGGUGAUCAAAGUGGAGAAGAACUCCAGGUGGCAGGACGUCUCUAUGAUGCGAAUGAAGAGCAUAUCAGAUGUGAUAGAGUCUGAUAUUCGCCACCACUGCACGCACGUCUUCUGCUUUGAUGUGGAUCAGGUAUUUACCGGGAGAUUUGGAUCAGAGGCUCUUGGGGAUUCAGUGGCUCUGCUCCACGCCCACUACUACCAUCUUCCAAAGCAUUUUUACACUUACGACCGCAACCCAAACUGCAAGGCGUAUAUGGAAACUGGGGAUUUUUACUACCACGCUGCCAUCUUCGGGGGUUCGUGGAAGAAUGUGAAAGCGUUGACCGAGGCCUGCUAUCAGGGCAUCAUGGAGGACAAACAGAACAAUGUGGAGGCUCUGUGGCACGAUGAGAGCCAUCUGAACAAGUACAUGCUGCUCCACAAACCCAGCAAGGUUCUCUCUCCAGAGUACUGCUGGGAUACCAGCAUCGGUUUCAGGAGCGACAUACAAGUCACCCGAUUACUGUGGGCACCAAAAUAUUAUGACACACUUCGCAAACCUUAAAAACUUGACAAAUGCUAACAAAUGUAAUGUCUCAGGUUCUUGUGCUCCCUGGCUCAUUUUGUUCUCUCAGGAAUUAAUUUGCAGAUCUGCAAGUAUUUUCAUAAUGGAGGGACAACUUAUAUAAAUACACGCUUGUCUUUUAUCAAAUAUUUUUGUUGCAUUUUUUUUCGAUGUAUAUAUAAGUCAACUUUUCACAUUUUUGAUCAAACUGGCUGCACUUAUUGAUCCAGCUUGAUGUCACUUUGCCAAAUGCCACUGUAUCUCUGUUUUUAACUGAUACUUGUUGACACUCAAAUUUUGUCAAAUUUUUUAUAAAUCUCAAUAGCUUUU